AUGAUGAAUUACCAAAAGUACUAUCCGACCCCUUCAACAUACCCUCCGCACACGAUAUCGAUACAGCCUGCCGACCCUCGUAUCGCUCCGCCCCUCCCUCCUGCUCAACCUCCUCCUCCUGUUGUUGUUGGUCCGCCUCCACGUCCUACUGCUACUACAGCAGCUCCUUCACCUCAACAACCACCUGCGCCGCCUCUGUCAGCUCCCUCGUAUUCGCACAGACCACUGCGACCAACCUACGAUCAGCUUGAACAGCAACAGCCAGCACGACACGAGAUGCCUCGAUCAGCUCCUCCUCCGCCGGCUGGCUACAGUUACCCUCCGCCCGAUGGACCCCCGAGCCGCGUUCUACAUCCCGCGGAUAGUGUUUAUGCGCCAUAUCGAAGAGGGGAGCAUGGGUACCGUGUCUCACAAGCGAACCACGGUUCGCGGAAAAAGCCUCAUCAAGAUGAAAGGGGCCAGGGUGACUCUAAAUCGCAUCGGCGUACGCUGAGCGAUCGGGAGCGUCGCGCUGUUGUUGUUCCUCAAGAAAGUGAGUCAAGAAAUCUUCUAUAG